AUGGAUUCUUUUCAAGAUCUUGGAGACUUAUUCUCUAGAGAAUUUAUUGGUUCUGGAAAGGGCUAUGGUAUUAAAUUACUCAAGGAUUUAAGUGUUCAUGAGUCUAAAUUACAGGAUAAACCAAUUUUUUCAUACACACAUUACUAUUCAAGGAAAUCAGCCCUAACUUGUUCUAACUGUUUUAUGAAUAUUGGAUCAUUGGUCGAAAAUUUGAACCAUGUUUUAAAAAUAGCCGGGAAAUCCAUCAGCCCUGAACUAGAGCCUAAAAUUAACUCAUUCAAGCACCAAUUUCCUGAAAUUGAAGGUGUAAAACUUAUAAGGUGCAAUUCAAACUGCGAUUUUGUUUUUUGUAGUAAAGAAUGCUUAGAAGCAUCAUGCGGUACCCAUGAUAUUCUCUGUAAACUCACAAAUGAAGAGAAAGAAAGUUGGGGAAUAUUCGAGAGAUUUGCCUUGAAGACCCAUGAGAAUUUUUACUUUGCUGGCUUAAUCUACAUAAAUAUACUGUAUGACUCGAUUUAUGGUAAAACUUCUGUUAAUGAGUGGAUAAAUAAAUUGAAUGAAUUUUGGAGUAUACCAUGGGACAAGCUUUCAACUCUCGACUCCAAUUCAAGAAACCCAUUGGAUAUAGCAUCAGAAUCACUGUGUACCCUCGAAACAAGCCUUAAAAGAUUCAAGAACAUGGCAAUAGAAAUUGAUAAAGAUGUUGAAAAGCUUUUCUCUAUUGACUUUUAUCUGAGGCUUUUGGGGAUGAUGGAUCUAGUUUGCGUUGAUAUUGAGAUACAAAAUCCUCUAAAUGAUUUGCUUUACAACAUGGUUAAAGAUCAAAAGGGGAAAGAACUGAUUGAUAUGUUGUCAAAGGAUCUGAUAGAUGUAUAUAAAAUAACCAGAGGUAAAAGCUCAAAAAUGGUAAUUAAUUGGAAUUCAGGGACCGAUGUGUCGAAAGAUUUGAAUCAACUCAUAGAAUCGUACGCAGAAAUCUUGUUUAAAACGAUUAGGAAGGAGUUAUUCCCUGAUAUAAUAGGCUUAGGGCUAUUCAACUUCAUCUCAAAGAUGAACCAUUCUUGCGCACCAAACUUCGAGGUCGAUUAUGGGAAAAACAACAGAGCAAAUAUAAUCCCUUUGUUUGAUUUAAGGAAAGGAGAAGAGGGAACAAUAUCGUAUAUUGAUGAAAAUGAUAGUUUUAAAAAUCGUCAAGAGAAAUUACUUAAAGUUAGUUUACCAACAGUUCAGGGUUGA